UAGCAAGCAAAAAACACAUGGCUUUCUGUAAUGACCUUUAACCUUCUGAAAGUGAAAGCCAAGAAGCUGCAAAUCAAGCGGCCGCCAUUUAUAUCAUAGUUCAACUGGUUUGCCAAGAGACGACAAAAUGUCGCGAGACAAGAGCCCUGAGGCUGUGUAUGAGAGGUCACCAUCCCCCAGUCAAAGCUCACGGUCCGUAUCUCCUGAGAGCCCCCCACGUAGACGGCAAUCUAGCCCCUCCCCCUCCCGUCGCCGAGGACGACGUGCGUCAUCAUCUCGAUCAAUAUCACGCUCGCCACCACCAAGGAGUCGAGGACAUCACUAUAGGAGACGCUCUUAUAGUCGGUCCCGGUCUCGCUCUAGGAGUAUGUCCCCUCGUGAUAGGAGGGGCAAUCGUGGUCGCUAUAAAUCCCGUUCACCGAUGUCAGAGAGGAAGAGGCACCAGGGAAACAGGUUCAACCCCAACCCCUCUCGAGUGCUGGGUGUGUUUGGACUGAGCCUCUACACUGGGGAGAAGGAACUCAAGGAAAUGUUUGACAGAUAUGGUCCAAUAGAACGAGUUCAGGUCGUCUACGAUCACCAGACGGGACGCUCUCGUGGGUUCUCUUUUAUCUAUUUUGCUGACUCUGACGACGCUAUGGAUGCCAAGGAGGGUUGCAACGGCCUGGAGAUGGAUGGACGCAGGAUACGAGUGGAUUUCUCUAUCACCAAACGCCCACACACACCCACCCCCGGAGUGUACAUGGGACGUCCGACUAGGUCCUCCCCUGAAAAUGACAGUCACAGCAGGGGGUCCAGUGAUCGCCAUGGCAGCAGCAGGGGGGGUGAUGAUCGUUAUGGCAGGAGGUCCAAUGACUAUCACAGCAGGGGGUCCAGUGACUAUCACAGCAGGGGAGGUGAUGAUUACCACAGCAGGGGGUCCAGGGGUGGAGACGAUCGCUAUGGCAGAGGAGGCGGUGGGCGUGACAGCUACUACUGAUGACCCACUAUGACACUGUUUUUAAGUGGAAAUAUAUUCGACCCUUUACUUGUAAUAAUGUUAACUCUUGUGUUGUACUGCCUCACCUUUGUAUAGUGUGUUCAGGUCUGUGUGUAACUGCCUGCAUUUGCCUAUUUCGUAUGCAGCCAUGAAUGUAUUGGAAGACUUGAAA